UUGGUAUCAAUAAACAUUAUGCAUUUUAGGUUAGCUCCGUCCUACUCUUUCUGGAAGACUGAAGAUUUUCAAUCAAACUUAAAACUUCUUAAUUUCUUAUCGACCGUUUAUUUUCAAUACUAAAUACUUAGUAAAUACGACUACUUCAAGAUUAAAUUAUUUCUGUUAUAAUAAAAACACUAGUUAAAAUGUUGUUAACCACUCCACUCCGUAUGUUUGGGCGACAUUUGCGGCCUUUGUCGAAGAAAACAUUAAGAAUGUACUCUGCGGCUACGCAGCCAUUGACUGUACCAGAGCCAGAUGGAAGCCAACUAACAAGCUCUCCCAAGUUGGAAAAACUGUAUACAGAAAUCUCUUCCUUGACGAUGAUUGAAGUGUCAGAGUUCACUGAAUUAUUAAAAGUUCGUCUUAACCUAAAAGACAUUCCCAUGGGAGCAAUGGUCAGCGCCCCAGCAGCAGCAGGACAAGAUGAAGAAGAAGAAGUAGCUACAACAGUCAAGACGAGUUUUACUGUUAAACUUAUGAAAUUUGAUGAUAAACAAAAGGUUGCCUUGAUAAAAGAAGUAAAAAACUUAUUGGAAGGCAUGAAUUUAGUACAGGCUAAAAAGUUUGUUGAAAGUGCCCCUACGGUUAUCAAAUCAGAUAUUGGUAAAGAUGAAGCAGAGAAAUUAAAAGAAGCAUUUACUAAAGUAGGAGCUGAAUGUGUAAUUGACUGAGUUAUACUCAUUUGUUAUAUUUUAAUAAUGUAUAAUUUUUUUUUUUAAUUUCACAAAGUUUUAACAGUUAAUGUAAGUAGUCAAUAUUCAUAAUGUAUCAAUAAAGUUUUAUAUAUGAUAUCAUUAUA